AUGGAUGAUUCAAGUAUCGAGAGAUCUCUAGAAGAUCCCAAUGUUCUGGAAGCCCAGAAAGAAGUCGAGCGUCUCUUGAACCAGAACAACCCUUCGCCUGGCCAGCCACCAUGGGAAGAAAACCUCAAGGAAUUAGUUGAGUGGGCCACAGAGUACGUUGUUCAGGAGCAUCAGUCUCAGCAACGCAGAAACACCAAGGCACGUGGCGAGCCUAAUGAAGGAGGAGAUGGAAGAAAGUACAAGGGCAAGAUCGGGUCGUUCUUGGGAAGGCUUUUGCCCUCGAACAUGGAGAGCAGAUCGCAACCUGGAGCGUCAACAUCGCAACAUGACUCCCGAGAAGGACGCAAAGUCCAACCGGAGCAAGAUCCUGAGUCCAAAGCACCUGAACAAUUGGCCUUCAAAAUGUUUCAACCCGUACAUCUUCAAGAAUUCUGGAGCCGCAACCUCAAAUGGGUGACCGACUACUUCAUCAACGCGCAAAAGCACCCACGCCUCGAGACCAUUGUUCGCUCCAUGAUGCAGGUACAUAUGGCAUCACAACAGAGCUUCUUUUCGACGGUCACGGGGCAUGUCAACUCAGAGAGUGAUACUGUGGAGGUUACAAGCCCGGACCAAACUGAUGGGGAAGAAGAAAGUAAAGGCGAAGCAGCAGGGGGAGCAGCAGCGGAAGAGAAAGCAGAGGUAAAGACAGAGGAGAAGGUGAAGGAGAAUAUAGCAGAUGAGGAGGAGGCAGAGCAAAAAGCAGAAGAGGAAGGAUCAUCAGAAGCCGGAGACGAACUCUCCGACGCCGACAAAAAGUCCUUAUUCCAAGACCUCCAGGAUGUUGUUAAACAACACCUCCUCAAGGGUUUCCUUGACGUCUACUGGACCAUGCUCAACGAGUACGCUCUCAUCCAAGACGCCAACCACAUGCUCUUCAUGGAACGUCUCCGAACCUCAUCAACUGCCCCGUCAGAGCAUCAACGCCACCACCCAGCUCAACCAACUGACCUCUCACUUGUUUUCCCUCAAGUCCACCACCAGAGCGUCGCCCCAGGGGCAACCCCAUCUUCGUCGAUGUCCGAACCUCACCAAGCCCAGGAAGAUGCUGAAGCCGAGGAGGAGGAGGAGUAG